AUGCCUUCUUGGACUUCCAGCAGCGACGAUAAGAUGAGCAGCUGGCGGGACCAGCUCUCGCCCCGAAACUUGAGUUUUCGGGGCUUUAGAAGAGCUUCUGAGUCUGUAGCAAAAACAAGCUCUUCAACCAAUAAAGAUUUCACCAUGUUGCACUAUCCGGACCGGCCUGCGAGGAGGAUCACUGAGGCCGAUAUUCCCAGCGACGAAGAGUGUAAAAGGUCUCUUAUUAAUAUGAGAAAGGCUUCUUUCGUGGAGCAAAUACACCGACGACAUGAAAUUCAGCAUCAGAAACAAUUGUCUCCUGUGCGAGAACCGGCGCAAGAAGAGCUUUCAGCAUUGAGACCGCCUCAAUAUGAGUUACCUCGAGUUGCUCAACCACAACCGCAACCACCAACAGAACAACCUCGGACAAUUCAACCGCAGAUUGAACAGCCUCGAAUACGACAGACACCAGCGGAACAACCACGGCUAGAGCAUCCUCGAGCACAGCAGCCAUUGAGAUUAACGUUUGGGCCGUUUAAUGGACAGUUCCGAUCUGCCUUUGGACCACUUACACCCGCUGAAGAAGAGCCACGUCCGUUGGAAAAGGUUGACACCAUUGAGUCUACAGCAAUAGCAACACCACAAAAUUCCCUGAAAGUUCCCGAACCUUCAGUGGACAUUCGAAAAAGUCUCUUAGCUGUAGAUGAUUUGAAUAUUGCGAGAGAACCUUCGCCUUCUGCGGUUAUCAGCGAAGCCAAGACUAUCAAACUCGAACGAGUAGAUAACCACGCCACACCUGGCGUCUCACCAAUUUCAUCACCACGACCAAGCGAUGCUUCAGCUUCAGGAUGGCCUAGACGAAAGCAAUCAGUUCAGAUGGUCGCUAUUCGUCGAUCAUCGCAAGAUUCUCAGAAGCGCAAACAGUCUGUUCAUACAGUCGUUGUGCGACGACCUUCAAAGCCAACGGCAGAUGCCCUCAACUCUCAUCCCGUUCACGCAUCCUCCACGCAAGUUCAUGUUCGACAAGACAGCGUUUCAGACCCGAUGUGCCGUGUAUGUCAUAAUGGAAUCGCCGAGAAGUCUGGGACUUGUUCAAGCUGCGAGAAUGACUCCAUCACAGCCACACCAGUCGACAUCAGUCCCAACUUCUCACGACUUUAUCAUAAACCAACUAUAAAAAAGUACAACCGUCCCCCUCCGCUGAUUCCUCAAUCUCUCGACGGCAUCGCCAAACUUCAUCGCCCCUCUGCUUCUCUCACGUCGGAUCCCGAAGCAAGUUCACUCUCACCGCCGGCUUCCCCAACAUCGCAUUGCAGCAGUCCGGCUGAGACCGUCAAGACAGUAGCGACGGGUCCUUCAGUACCUCCAACUCCAAUGUCGGCACUCUCGACGCCUGAAGUGUUCAAGCGCUUCCAAGAAGAGGUCGAAUCAAGGGCCAAGGCAGAUGAUAGUCCUGCAUUUGAUGAUCCUUGGAUGAUCAAGUCCAAGACUCCGGAGGCUGAUGUUUAUGAAGAUGACUGGGCGGAUUAUUACUUUGAUGAGCAAAACUUCAACGACGACAAAGUCACUAAUACGCCAGUGCCUGAUGUGAAUUUCGUUCCGAGUCCUGUCAAUCCAGGUCCCGGGUGGAUAUGA